AUGAAAGACACACAAGUCAUUCAGGAAGCUCUGGAGGCCCUGCAGAGUGAAGCUCAUGAUCAGCAAGAUAAGAUGGAAAAACAAGAGCAAAGAGAAAACAAACUUGGAGCUCCCCCAACAAUACAGCAAUCUUCAGUACAUUUUUUCCCAGAGACAAGAGGUUCGGAUGCCACGAUACUGCCAUUGUCACGGUCACUAUUGCAUGAAAUGCCUCUCAGUUACUGUCGGUCUACUUCUAAAAUUAGUGAACUAACUACACCAACAACUGGACUCUUGGCUUCUACAUCUGUAGUGAGUAGUUCCCAAACACAAAAGAUCUUGGAUAUCAGAUGCCUCAUAGUUCCAAAGAAACAGACUCUGUUGAGCCUUGAUCCUGAGCCACCUAUGAUUGGGGAAGGAGAGGAUUACUUCCUUUCUUUGUUUGGUAAUUCAAAGAAACUUACUGCACACUCGAACAACACUGAGAAAAUUUGCAAACAUUUUUCCAUGAUUCUUGAAGAAGUUGGCCAAUCUACAUCCAG